AUGGCACCUGCCCUCACGUCUGCUGCCCCAACGGCCCCUCACGAACUCUCCCCCCAAACCACAACCACAGACAAAGCCCACAAAUCCGUCUUCCCGGACGGCAUCCGCACCUCGGGCCAACACGAGCCCAUUUACUCCCAGUUACGCCCUUACUCCGACUUCCCCACUGAAAUCAUCGGCCCAACCGCCUGGACAAAAGACGACUAUGCCCCCCACCCCUCGCGCUGGACACACGUCUUCUCUGCGUCUGAAAUCGACGAAAUCAGCGCCGCAGCAGAUGCCUUCCUCGCAAGCGACACGCCCCUCACCGGCAUCACACGGGCGAAAUUCCCGCUCCCGCAAUUCUCCACCUACCUCCAGCCCCUGCGCAACGAGCUCAUCGACGGCAAAGGCUUCAUCCUCUUCAAAGGCCUCCCCGUAACAAGCUGGGGCAACAAAAAGUCCGCCGUCGCAUACAUGGGGCUCGGCACGUAUCUGGGCUACUUUGUGUCGCAGAACAGUCGGGGCCAUGUGCUCGGGCACGUCAAGGAUCUGGGCGAGGACGCGAUGCAGAUUGAUCGCGUGCGCAUCUAUCGGACCAAUGCGCGGCAGUUUUUCCAUGCGGAUGAUGCGGAUCUCGUGGGCUUGCUGUGUGUGGCGAAGGCGUUGGAGGGCGGGGAGAGCGAUCUCGUGAGUGCGCAUAGUGUGUGGAAUGCGUUACAGCGUGAGCAUCCUGAUGUCGCGAAGCUGUUGACGGAGCCGGUGUGGUAUUUUGAUCGCAAGGGGGAGACGAGCAAGGGUCAGAAGGAGUGGAUUAGGACGGCGGUGUUUUACCUCGAGACGGGGGAGAAUCCGCGGGUGUACUCCAAGUGGGAUCCAUACUAUAUUCGAUCACUUACUCGUUUUUCGGAUGCGGGACUGAUCCCGCCGCUGAGCGAAGAGCAGAAUCGUGCUGCGUUGAUUCUGGAGGAGACGUGUCAGAAGCUGGCGUUGCAUAUGAUAUUGGACAUUGGUGAUAUUCAAUUCUUGUCUAAUAACCAUGUCCUGCAUGCCAGGACAGCGUACAAGGACUACGCGCCACCGGCGCCGAGGCGGCACCUCAUGAGGCUGUGGUUGAGCACGCCCGAGGACGAGGGCGGUUGGAGAUUGCCGUUCCAUGAUAGUAAGGAGAAGAAGAGGGGAGGUAUCCAGGUUGAUGAUACGCCGCCCGUUGCGCCCGAGGAUGCGGAGUAG